AUGACAUCCACCCUCAACAUUACUCAUUACAUUUCAGGAGAUUGGAUGUUCAUCUUUGAUGAAAAACUAGAAACAACUUUUACUCCAGAUUGUUACUAUGAAGACCAUGGAGUCGAUACCAUGGGAUCCUGCAGUGAUGACGUCACUGACGUUGUCUUUCAGAACUCAAGCUUACGUAUGUGUCAAAGUCUAUGUGAUGUUUCACCUGGUUGUCAGGGAGUAACGUUCCAGAAAAAUCACCUUCUGACCUGUCACCUCCAUAACUGUUCUGACAGCUACAUCUCACAGAAUAAUACUGAGACAUCGUUCCACGCGAAGCGUUGUGAACCGUAUAACCAAUUUGUUACUGCUGGACCAAGGACAAGAGCUACGUGUUCAUUUUGGAGGACUAGAUACUUUAUAUAUACCGAUACACAUUUAAACUGCCAGAUUGCAUGCAUACGGAAAAGAGGUUGUCAGGGUGUCACAGUCAGACCAACAAGCAGGGGAUGGUGUUAUUUACAUUCUUGUCAUGAAUCCGCCACUUUUAAUGACGAAAACAUAUCUUUCUACUCAAAAAAUAGCACAGGUCUCUUUAAUGGACAUGGCUCGUCCAGAGUUGGCCGAUGUUCGCCCACGGAAACUAAAAACUCUUUGUCAAAUACAGAGUGCGCUGAACGAUGUCUGAAUAAGGCCGAUUGCCAGGGGUAUACUACUAUAUCAAAGAGGCUGCGAUGUACUUUACAUUCCUGUGGAAACUACAUGAAUAUGACAAAUUAUUCAGAAUUUACGUUUUACUCAAAGACACCCCAAAUCACUAACAUUUCUGCAUUAAAUAAUUCAGCACCAGAACGUAGGAUAGAGACUCCUAUACAGGAAAACAACUACACAUGGCCCGAUGUUACAUGUGACUUUCAACCGACGACAAAUGUCAGUGAGAUAUGUUCGAACACUGAAGAAGAAGCGCUGCUGGUAUCUGACAAAAGCGAAUGUUUUCAUUCGUGUGAGACGACUGAGGGAUGUGAGGGAGUGACAACCCGUACAGCUAACAUGACAUGUUAUCUCCAACACUGUAGUAAACCCAUGUUUAGCCUUAACAACAAUCUACGGUUUUUAUCAAAACAAGUGGCAAGGAAUUGCACUUAUAUUGGAAAAGGCCUCAAAAGUAGAAUUGCAUGCGCUUUCAUUCCGACGGAUCCACCGUCUUCUCUUGCACACUGUCAAGAAAUGUGUACCCAGAAUUCUGUAUGCAGAGGUAUUGAGUACGACGAGUCAACGAUGCCGGCUACUUGCAAGUUAUCAAUAUGCAGUGAAUACAAAUAUAAGAAAACGAGUACAACAACCACUACAUUCUACUCAAAUUCUUGUGAGGAUGUAUCAUACUAUGAAGAUGCAGGGAACCAAACUAUUGGUAAUUGUGGUUCAUUUGAAGCUUUUCAAGUAAAUUCGGAGGAUGAUUGUAAAUCCCUGUGUAGUGCUUCAGACCACUGCCUGGGUGUGACAAUUACCUCACACAGACUAGAAUGUUGGAAAUACUCGUGCCUUACAACAUCACAUUCGUACAUUACCAACGAUACGUCUUCGUAUCUCAAAGUCUGUAGCAGUAUAUCCGAUGAGAUCACACCACCGGCAUAUUCAACGUCUGAAAGUCCUCUAACAUCCGCUGAACUCUAUACUCCUGUGAUUAGACCUUCGUUCACUACACCUGCUCCAACUUCAUUUGAAACAACACAAAUGUAUGACAUUUCGACAAUACCAGAUUCAUCAGUGUUAUUGACGUCGUCAAUGACUUCAGUAGCUACCACGAAUGAAGAUAUGUAUUUAACAAAUUAUAGGACGUUGACUGAAACAGCUAGCUUUCAUGACACAGAUAUAUCAUUGAGGACACACUACAUAUCGUGGUCACUUCAAACGGACACCAAAAGUUCUUUAUACUCAGUUGUAUAUAUGCAAAGCAACAGUGCAUAUGAGCUGAGUACAAGUGACGAAAAUCUAAGUUCUUCUACAACACUGAGCAGUAACACUGUAAUUCAAAAUAUAACCGUACUCAAUGGCGAGUUUUGUAGCUGUGUCUGCCACUUACAAAACAAAACACUUCACUUACGGAUUCAGGAACUACUUUCUUUAACUAAAUUAGAUAGGUAUAAAUUAACAAAAUAUUCUAGGAAGUUAGAAUGUGCAGAAGAUGGACGCACUUCAUCAACGUACAUAGGUGUAGUAGGUGUGGUUUUUAUAGUGAGUAUAGGUUUCGUAAUAGUGUUGAGUGAUGUUGUAUCCAUUGGAUUCCAAUUAUAUCAAGUUAAUCGUCAUGCUGUUAAAUAG